AUGCAUGGGAUCUUUUCUACCAUCGCCACGGUCUUCACCUUGGUGUCGGCCGUUCAAUCUGUCGCUGUCUUAGUGCCUCUAUACACCUGGCCCGGCACAGAUUCCUGGCAACCGGUCUAUGACUCACUGGAGGCCCAUCCAUACACUACAUUUUAUCUCAUCGUCAACCCACAAAGCGGACCAGGGAGCACAGAGUUCCCCCAAAAUAUCUUUAUCACAGCCUUUGCAAAGCUGAAAAGCUACAGCAACGCCAAACUCCUAGGCUACAUUUCGACAGUAUAUGGCAACAGGGCCAUUGCAGAUGUCGAGAGAGAAGUCUCCGUCUACUCCAAUUGGGCCUCCUACCAAGGAAAAAAUAUCGCCGUCGACGGAAUCUUCUUCGAUGAAGGAUCGAACGGACAGGACACUACCAAGCUCGCGUACUACCAGCAGGUCUCAAAGACUGCCAAGAAUAGCAACCUGAACAUCGUCGUCUUUAACCCAGGUGCUAAGAUUAUGGCUGAUACCCCGGAAUGGUUUGCUGCUGCUGACUUUAUUGUUGAGUAUGAGAACACUUGGGCCAACUGGGUCUCUUUGGCCCCCGCUGAGCAUUUUUCGGACAUGGAGUACUACCACAAGAUCGCCAUCAUGUUAACGGGGACUCCUGGGGUUGCUAGCAUUACCGAUGUCGCUCUAUUGGCAACCAGUAUGGGCCUCGGUGCUAUCUAUCUGACUUAUGACAAUGACUACAUGACUGACCAGUCUGUACUUUCUGUGUCAAAGGUUGCUGUCGGUGUUGAUAUGGUCCCUCCACGAGUUGGAGUCCCCCAGCCAGCUGGGCACCGCCGAGAGGCUCACUAG